GCGUACUAACUAGCUUUCUAUUUUGGCCUUUCCCCCCUCAAACAUCGCAGCGAAUCUAGAGAGAGAAAAUACACAAGAGAGGGAAGAGAGAGAAUCUCCGGCGGCCGGAAAAAGGAGAAGGAAACAGCGUUCUCGGCAAUGCUUUAGCGGUCAACUCUCUGUUCAGCUCAGAUCUCUCUCGUUUCUCUUUGUGAUCCGGCGUUGUGUCGACCGCGCCGUCCUCGCUUAAGAUCUGUCUACAUUUCAACGUUUUUAAGUAGAAGAAAGAGGAGAAGAAAUCUUUCCGAUCCAAUGGCGCCAAGCACAAUUCGGAAGGCGAUUGGGACAGUGAAGGACCAGACGAGCAUUGGGAUCGCGAAGGUGGCUAGCAACAUGGCUCCGGAGCUGGAAGUUGCGGUUGUGAAGGCCACUAGCCACAAUGAUGAUCCGGCGUCUGAGAAAUAUAUCAGAGAGAUCCUCCGCUUGACUUCGUUUUCCAGGGGGUAUGUGAGUGCCUGUGUGUCGGUGGUGUCCAGGAGGCUGGGCAAAACCCGGGACUGGAUCGUGGCUCUCAAGUGUUUGAUGCUCAUUCACCGUCUGCUCAAUGAUGGUGAUGCAGUGUUUCAGCAGGAGAUUAUGUAUGCAACCAGGCGGGGGACGAGGCUGUUGAACAUGUCUGAUUUUAGGGAUGAGGCGCAUUCGAGCUCGUGGGAUCAUUCUGCUUUUGUGAGGACUUAUGCUCUCUAUCUGGAUCAGAGGCUGGAGAUGAUGUGCUUUGAGAGGAAGGUGAAUGGCAAUGGAGGAGAGAUUGAGAGGUAUGGGUCACGAGAAGAGCAGCAGUGGAGAUCUCCUCCAGGCUCAAACAGGGGGAACAAUUAUGAUUAUAGUGAGUUCAGGGAUGAGCCUGCGAAUGGGAUGAGGAGAUCGAGAUCAUCUGGGGAUGUCCGAGAGUCUACUCAGGACAAGAAAGAUGUGACCCCAGUGAGAGAGAUGAAGCUGGAGAGGAUUUUUGGGAAGAUGAGUCAUUUACAGCGGCUUUUCGAUAGGUUCUUAUCCUGUCGGCCCACUGGUUUGGCUAAGAAUGAGAGGAUGGUUUUGGUGGCUCUAUACCCUAUGGUGCGAGAAAGUUUCAAGCUUUAUGCCGAUAUCUGUGAUGUCUUGGCUGUUCUGUUGGAUAGAUUUUUCGAUAUGGAGCAACCAGAUUGUGUCAAGGCCUUUGAUGCCUAUGCCAGUGCAGCUAAGCAGAUUGAUGAGCUUAUGGGAUUUUAUAAUUGGUGCAAGGAGAUUGGUGUUGCAAGGUCAUCUGAAUACCCGGAAGUACAGAGGAUUACAGCCAAGUUAUUGGAUACUUUGGAGGAAUUUGUGAGGGAUAGGGCAAAGGCAGUGAAAAGCCCUGAGAGAAAGGUGGAGAGUCAACCAGUACCUGAGGAACUGCCAGCCCCAGAUAUGAAUGAGAUUAAGGCCUUACCCCCACCAGAGAAUUAUGCUCCACCACCACCACCAGAGCCCGAACCUCCUAAGCCAGUUGUUCAGGAAACAGCGGAUUUGGUGGAUUUGAGGGAGGAAGGAGUCACUGCAGACGACCAGGGAAAUAAAUUCGCUUUGGCAUUGUUUGCUGGGCCCGUAGGAAACAACACAAAUGGAUCGUGGGAAGCAUUCCCCUCUAAUGGUGAGCCUGAGGUAACAUCUGCUUGGCAGAACCCAGCUGCAGAGAGUGGCAAAGCUGAUUGGGAGUUGGCAUUAGUGGAGUCGGCAAGUCAUUUAUCACAUCAGAAGGCCACCCUGGGUGGCGGACUUGAUCCAUUAUUGCUGAAUGGCAUGUAUGACUCGGGCAUUGUUAGACAACACGCGAGCACUGCCCAGCUGACUGGUGGAAGUGCUAGUAGUGUGGCAUUGCCUGGACCAGGGAAGACUACGACACCAGUGUUGGCACUUCCAGCACCCGAUGGAACUGUCCAGACAGUCGGACAGGAUCCAUUUGCUGCAUCGUUGAAUGUUCCCCCACCUUCAUAUGUACAGAUGGCAGAUUUAGAAAAGAAACAACAAUUCCUGACACAGGAACAGAUGGUGUGGCAGCAGUAUGCUCAGGAUGGAAUGCAAGGCCAAACGAGUUUGGCCAAGAUCAGUACCGGUGGAUACUCUGCUCCAGGACAACUACCAUAUAUGCCUUACGGAAUGCCACCAGUAAAUGGCAUGGGAAUACCACCCGCAGGGUACUACACUACCUACUGAUUUUGCCAUAUAUAUAUACAUUAGCAUUUUCUGUUCUAAUUUUGCCACAAUUAUUCAUUCUACUGUCUUUUAUGCGCUAGUAUUCCUCUCCCUAUCUGUGCAUGUCAACAAGGAAGAGAGAAAGAAACUGAACUCAUGAGUUUAAUGAUUGUUGUGGGUUGUGGAUUCUGGCAUUGUUUGUAAUUCAUUUAUACUAUUCAUUUAUGUUUUGUAAUAUCUGGAUUUUUUUUUGUAUGUUCAUGUGAUAUAAUAUGAAGCUGAUUAUUCUAGUCUGAA